AUCCCUAGUUGUAUUUGUGCACAUAUCGCCAUUUAACCCGGUAUAUAUUACAUAAAAACUAGCGUAAAUAUCUCCGAGAAGUGUGACUGGCGUAUUAUUUGACAAAGUUUGUUUUAUUUUUAUUGUUUUGGGUCUUUGGAACAUUAUUCUUAAGAAAAUUUUGAUUAAUUUUUCCUUGCGGCCCUUAGGUGUGGUCUGUUUACUAGGUAAUUUGCUAAAAAGAAUGGAUAUUCUUCACCGAAGUGAUUUUUCAUUUGGACCAAUAAGCGUCGAUCAGAUUGAAGACCAUCUAUUUUUAGGUAGUUUAGCAGCCGCUAAAGAUAUUGCUACUUUGAACAGACUUAAAAUCACUCACAUCAUAACAAUAGAUACAUGUCCACUACCUAGAAACAUAUUAGAAUUAAGUCAUGUAGUUCUAAAAUAUAUCCAGCUUUCUGAUGAACCUAAAGAAGAUUUGUUGUCAUAUUUGGAUGAAACUGAUAGCUUUAUAAAAGAGGGUUUGGGUAAAGGAAAUGUUUUAAUUCAUUGUUAUUUUGGUGUAUCCCGCAGUGCCACAGUUGUUAUAGCUUACAUAAUGAAAAAGUAUGAGUUGACAUAUACGGAAGCUUUUGAAAAAGUGAAGGCUAAACGACGAAUUGUUUUCCCAAACAAGGGAUUUGUGUCACAACUGAAGCUAUACAAAGAAAUGGGAUAUAAAAUUGAUAAAAUGGACAUUCGGUAUAAAAUUUUUCGAUUAAACAUUGCUGCUGAUAGGGUGAGAAAGGUAAAAAUCCUACCGCAACCUUUCAUGGACCUAAUACAGCCAGAUCCAGGUUUACCUCAGUCACAACCUGAACCCAAUGUAUACAGAUGCAAAAAGUGCAGAAGAAUCUUGGCCUCAGAAUCUAAUCUGAUUUUACAUAAAGAUAAAAAUGAAAUUUGCAGACAAACAUUCUUCAUUGAACCUAUUGCAUGGAUGAAUGCAACUCAUAUAACCCAAGGGAAAUUGCACUGUCCGAAAUGUGAACAUAAAGUUGGAUCAUUUAGUUGGAUUAUGGGAUGUCAAUGUCCUUGUGGUAUUCAAAUGGCUCCUGCAUUUUAUCUUGUGCCCUCCAAAGUGGAUUAUACAAAUGUGGUUAAAAAUGUAGAAAUGACUUUUUAGUCUAAAUUAAUGCACCUUCUUGGCGUGAAGUUGAAUUAAAUGGCUAUUGAAGUACUUAAAUUAAAAUAUUUUAAUUUACUAACAAAUAAAUUACACAAUGCAAAGCCAAAAUCUAAAAGAAAUUGUUUUUUAUAUUUUAAAUAUGCUAACUGCUGAGCUCAAAAGAUUAAGAUACAAAAUAAAACACUCAAUAAUUCAGAGCCACCUUGGUAACACUAGCUUGGAACCCUACAGUUAAAAUAUUUCCAAUUAGAUUUAAUAACUAUUUGUUGAGUGAAGUGAACAAUUUCAAAUUGUAAAGCAACUUGUGAAAAAUCUUCCAUCAUUUUCAUGUCGGCGGAUGGUCAAUUCAGAAAAAAUAUUUACAUUUACAGGAUGUAGAUUUGAUUUUUAGGCGACUAAACCAUCCACCAGUGAAUCACAAACCUGAUAUGUAUCUAGAAUUUAAUGUUUUAAAAAAUCAAAACUUCUACACUUAUUUUGAAUUUUGAGGACUGUGAUAAAUUAGUAAAUGAAAAAAGUUGAUUUUUCCUGUGAUAUUGGUUUUGUAUAAAGUAUUGCAAGUGACAUAUUUAUAAAGUACAUUUUUGUUGUUUAGGUAACUUAAUUAUUGUAUUUGAACCUAGUCAUUUCCAUUAUGUAUUAUGUAUUUUACGGGAAUGUUUACUGUUGCAAGUAAAAUGACUACAUCUUGGAUUGUACACUGUUUAUUUAUCCCAAGCAACAGUGAUCCUCAAAAGGCACAGCGAUCAAGUUUUGCACUGCUUAUUGUGUUUUUCGCAUAUGGACACGCAUUUUAUUUUUCCUACACUAUUUCUGUAUUGUCUGGGAAUUAUCAGUUUCUU